AUGGGGUUGGAAGACAGGCCUCUUACUUCACUGCAAAGUGUCAUCUUGACAACGGGACCUUUCGUCUUCCUAUGGAGCAUUUUACGAGGCUACGUCUCUCGCAAUGGGCCUCUCAGUUUUGCACGACCGUUGACUCGUCUGAACAGUCAACUCUACGCACUCUUCUCCCUUGCACUGGCCUACCUCAUCCUCAACGACGUCUUCCAUUUCUCUGAGCUCGACGGCAUCGACAGCUCCGAUCUGGCCUACUUCUACCACCUCUCCAAGUUCUACGAAUACGCCGAUGUCUUCAACCUCGUAGCCGCUGGAACCGAAAUCGGCCCUCAUAUGGCCUUUCACCACAUUACCACGCCUUUCCUGACCUAUUUUCGGGUUCUCAACGCUUCCGACUGGCAUCUCUUUGCCUUCCUUAACUGCUUCCACCACUUUUGGAUGUACUCUUACUUUGGCGGAGUUUCUUCUUUCCGGCCCAUCCUUCCGCUGACUGGGUGGAUGCAACUUGGAGCUGGGAUUGCGCUUGAUGUGCAUUAUUGCGCGACCCAGGGUAGGGAAGCCCCUGAGGCGAAGAACCGUGCAAUCAGUAUCAUGCUAUUGGCGCGAUAUGCUAUGCUCUUCUACGAGGAAUUGAAGGGCAGUAAUGCGAAGAAAGAAGUGGAGAAGAAUGAGCAGAAGAAACAGUAA